CCCCCCCCCCGCCCCGUCCCUCUCCCUCUCCCCGUCCCUCCCCCCCGCCCCCCGCUCCCCUCGACCCGGCCACCAUGAACACCAACGUGUGCGUGGAGAGCGGCCCCAACCCCGAGGCGCCGGGGCUGCCCAAGGACAGCCACCUGCCCGAGGGGGCCCUCAACAGCCUUGUGGAUUACAACUCGGAGAUGGAGAGGUACCGCUCCUUCGCCACCUUCUACAAGACCAACGGCGGCGCCUUCCCCCAGGCGGCCAAGAUCGCCCGCAUCACCACCCCCAUCUUCCCCAGCGCCGCCGCCGCCGCCGCCGCCCGCAUCGGCAUGUCCCCCUGGAACUGCGACACCGCCACGGCCGCCGCCGCCACCGCCAUGCUCUGGGGCAGCGGCGGCGGCGGCGGCGGCGGCGGCGCGGCGGGCGGCGCGAGGAAGCCCUCCUCCGCCGCCGCCGCCGCCGCCGCCUCCGCCUCCGCGGCCGCCGCCGCCGCCGCCUCCUCGCUGCACGCCGGCAGGGGCGGCAUGCACCACCGGAGCGACUCGCAGCGGCUGGGCAAGCCCGGCUGCCCGCCGGCCGAGCAGCCCGCCCUGCCCAUGGCGAACGGCAACUUCCUCUCCACCCUCUCCCCCGAGCACUGCCGGCCGCUGGCCGGCGAGUGCAUGAACAAGCUCAAGUGCGGCGCCGCCGAAGCCGAGAUCAUGAACCUCCCCGAGCGCGUCGGCACCUUCUCGGCCAUCCCGGCGCUGGGCGGCCUCUCCCUGCCCCCCGGGGUCAUCGUCAUGACGGCCCUGCACUCCCCCGCCGCGGCCUCGGCCGCCGUCACAGACAGCGCCUUCCAGAUCGCCAACCUGGCGGACUGCCCGCAGAGCCACGCCUCGGCCUCGCCCGCCUCCGCCCUGGGCGCCGCCGCCGGCGCGGGGGGCGGCGGAGGCGGCGGGGGCGGCGGCGGCGGAGGGGGGGCCGGCGGCGGCGGCGGCGGGGCCGGGGCCGGGGCGGGCAACCCCGCCAAGAAGAAGCGGAAACGCUGCGGGGUGUGCGUGCCCUGCAAGCGGCUCAUCAACUGUGGAGUCUGCAGCAGUUGCAGGAACCGCAAAACGGGACACCAGAUCUGCAAAUUUAGGAAAUGUGAAGAGCUUAAGAAAAAACCGGGCACUUCGCUAGAGGUCAGAGGAGAUGAUUUCUUUUUCCCCAGCCUCCCGCCGUCCCUCCUCAACCCCCUACCCCCCCCCCUCCAGUGCUUCUUGUCUAGCUUCAAGAUGCAGCAUCCCUUUUCCGAGGCCUCCUUCAGGCUCUGAGGGUGCCCCCCGCCGCGGGCGCGGCCCCCCGCGGCGCUGCCCCGCCGCCCGCCCCCUCUCCGCCCCGCCGGGAAGAGAAACGCCGCCCCCCGCGGCGCCCCGCCGAGCUGGGCGACGGCCGCGGCCGCCGGCCCCGCCAGCCGGCCCCGCCGGGGAGGGACGGAGAGCCGCCCCCGCGGGAGACCACCCCCCCCCCCCCCCCGCCGCGGGCCGCAGCGCCCAGCCUUCCAGAGCCGGAGGCCGGCCGGGGGGCGCCGGCCCCCUCCCCGCCAGCCCGUGGCCGUUACGAGACGCUGCUCGCCUGGUUUACCUGCCGUGCUAUUUCUCUGUCAGACUGCUGGCUGUCCCUGGUUUCUUUUUCAUCUUCUUUUUCUUUUUUUUCUUUUUUUUUAACGGCGGUCGUGACGAUUCGGGGCGGUUUGUAGGGACGGGGAGGUGGGAAAGGGAAAGUUUUAGCUGAACGCCUAGCUCCCGCCGUCGGAAGUUCAGGGGAAAGUAAUGGCGAGUUCAUCUCCAGGUUGGCUGGUAGCAGUUUGUCCAGGACAGCCGACUGGCUGUAGAGCCCGCCGGUGGUCGGUGAAACGUGCCCAAGUAAUCUCUUUGGCAAUAUCUUUUACGAAAUAACCCGCUCGUGGUGUAUAAAACACAAUGGAAAAAUAGCAGAGGAGUUCUCUCCCAGAAGAGGUGGGAUGAGGGAUUCCAGGGAAAAGGCUGCACCAAAAGCCCGUUCAUUUGGUCUGCGUUAAAUAAAUGGAGAUAAUGGCAUUGGUAUUGAUACUGCCAUGGGACAAAAGCAACAUUUCGGGGUUUAACUGACAUCUGGCUGAUACCAUUAACUCUUUCCUGACCAGCCUCAUCAAACCAACUAAUUAAUUCCUCCCUGCAAGAGUCAACUGUCCUUGCUGAAAGUUUGAUUUGUAGCUCUGCAUCCUCUUAGCUCUUUUUCGUGAAUGUAUGGUGACCCAGCAUCACUAACGCAAAAACCAGGAUGGACUUGCUAGGUGCCAGAAACUAGAUUGGGUUUUCAACUCUUGUUUUGCUCAAUAACAUGCCUUUGUUCGUUUUGUUGCAAGUUCACAAAGAAGAUACUUAAUGCCCUGGUCUGUUAAUGAUGGAUUAUAAUGCUGAGUACAGCCGAAAAGAGGCUUCUCUGAACCAGAGACGUGGAGAGUCCCCCCCCCGUGCCACCCAGCUCCAGGGGUGCCUUUGUGUGCCAGGUUCCCUCAUUAGGCUUGCAAACCAGGAUGCUGCUGGGAUUUAAUGUUUGUGAUAAAUGAUAGGUUCUGAUGGCUUAUCGAUUCAUGCAGAAAGUGAGCUAUCUCUGGAAGAAACGAAUUUGUACGUUAUCAGAUCUUCCUAUGGGUGUGUGUGCAUCUCUGAGCACGUUUCCAGAACUUCCUUGCUCCUGACAGAGGUGUUCAACAGCCUUAAAAACUGCUCAGGCGUGUUAUGAGAAUGCCGCCCGUUAAAAUUGUUUAACCACUGUGACUAGUAAAAACCGUGGUUUUAUUAGCCACUUGUGUACUCUCAUAACCACCUGCCUUCACUUCUUUUCUUCAUUUUGUCUCUCCCCCAACUUGCUCGCUCUCUCCUGUUUGUGCUCUGUCAGAUACAUAAACACAAAAGCUCCUCUGCUGCUGUACCGUGACUCGAAGGAAACGGGUUUCUCUUCCCAGCUGUGGAGAUGUCAGUGAGGCAUCACUUCUCUGCAGGUCGUGGCCCAUCACAAAGUUUUGUCACGGGAUGUGGCUCAUUUCUUUACAGAAAUGUGGUUUGUCAGUAGGGGAGGAAGAGUGCCCAACCUGAGUAACCUUCUUACAUGGUUGUUUUUCUUAUGCCUUCUUCCUUUUCUUCUUCUUUUCUUUUCAAUUUAAAUUAACUAAUAAAGAGUGACGGCAGGGCUGCCUAGAGCACAUGUGCAGCAGCAGCGUGCUGGCUGUAUGGCCACCAGCUGGAAGGGUGUUGGAGAGUGACAGGGCCUACAUGAGGGCACUGCAGCGGCAGGAGCAGCGGUGGCUGCGGUGGCUGCAGGUGGGCGAGGGCAGCCUCCCUGCGGAGCGAGAUUCUGGGGCUCGUUUGGGCUGCGCUCUCGGGGAAGCAACAGCUCUGCGUGGGUGAUCCCCCGUCACCUCUGUAGGCAUGGUCUCAAGGAAACGCGGCAAGGAUGGAGGGGCUCUCAUUCCACUACACGCUUGUAAGAUUUGUGAAAAUGGUGCUCGACAGUGGCUGCAAGUUGCGGAGAUGAUUCAAGGCAGGAGGCGGAACUGUGUUUAAAAACGGAAUAAACGAAAAAUGAGAAUAAUAACAAUAAACAGUAAGCUGGCUGAUCCCACGGAAACCAUUUCUCUCUUUUGCCUUUAAAUCUCUUCUUCUGCUGGUGCAAUGAAGGCAUAGGAUAUAACUCUCAAGGUUAGUACACGGAGUUGAAGACAGAUUCACAUGAAUGCUUUCCAGUCCCUGACCCUUGCAUUUUUAAUGGAAUGCUUCCCUCCCAGCAUUUUUUUUUUAAAGGCUUGAAUUAUUUUUUUCCUAUUUUUUCUUGUACUAUUUCCACCUUAAAAGUGUCCCAAUGCUCUAGUAUUUUUCAUAGAAUGUUAUUAUUACUAGGAAAUUUUAUGUACGGUAAUAAUAAAUCUAUAAAAAUAAGAUUGACGUCACGUUGCACGCUGCCUACUUGUGUAUGUAUAUUCUAUGUUCAUUCAGAUUUACAGUCGGUUUAAAGAGACAUAAUCUUUAUUUACCCAUAGAGACUACUUAUUUUCCUCUGAUUGGUAUAUGCGUCUAUAACUUCUGCUGCAUGUUAUGAAGAUUAGGAGCCUCACGUUACUUUACAUCCCCCUCUCUUUGAAGGAAACCAUCCCGAUUCAGCGUAUGAAUCUCAGUUGCCCCGCUCCUUGCUUUCAUUAGUGUGGCAGCAAAGUCAGGCAGAGGGGCUGACUCGCAUUGGCAGGGUCUGAAGGGUUCGGCCCAAAUGUGAAAUAUCUGCUGUUUGGGCAUGCUGUCAUCAUAGCCAGUGCCACUCGCUUCAUUUGUAACAGCCGCGCUAAUUGAUACGUGUGCUAUUAAAGUAAACGUUUGCAUACCGACCUGAAAUAGUAAAUACCAGCAUCCAAAUCCGAGGCACCUCGCUGAGUCGCAAUUCAAGCCAGCGGGAGUUUGAGAUGGCCUUCGCCGGGGAUAGGGUUGUGAUGAUUGAUUUCAGCAGGAACGGCAUCUGAUCCUGAAAAUCUUAACACCAUAUGGCAUUGCCACGGGGGAGAGAGGCUGCGCUGGCAACCUCCGAACUUGCACUUCGUGUUGUGGUAGUGCGUGAGCACUGUUAAGGGAAGACUGCUGAGCUCUGUGGAUAGGGGUCAAUUAGUAUGGGCCUCAGAGGAAGCAAUUUCCCUGCCGUCUAUCUAGCUUUAAAUUACAUGCAUAAGUUAAGCGACGGCACGAUGGAAUUGAGUAGCGUGAGGGAGAACUGAAAAGCUUGAUAAGGAGCAGGCAGCUAACACCAUGCAAGUGGCUAACUGGAAGGUGGAAAGACCACCUUGUAGCCUGCGUUGCUGUUCUCCGCUGCAGUGUUGCUGUAUGGCAGUGUUUCUCACCUCCCUGCUGCUGCCUCGUAGCCCUCCAUCUGGCCGAGGUUCCCCACGUGUUAAACACUGUGCAAGCGGGCAAAAAAGCAGUUCCUGUCCCCGGGCGUUUACAGCUGGAGCAAGAACCGCAGCCUGUCCCAAGUGCAAUUCAUGUUGCCUAUUGGCUGUAAAGCCCUGAUCGGCCCUGAAUGCCGGUUUUCUCCUCUCUCUUCCUCGUGCGUGCCCGUUGCGCUCUGCCAGGGUGCUCUUAUUUUCCCCUUCACCCUGAGGGUGCCUGGUGCUGGAACUGCCUGCUGGCACCCCAAGAGAGCCCUUGCCGGGUGACUGCGGUGGUCUCGCUCGGGGCUCCCAACACGGCGCACGGUCCCUCCCGCGGUGAUGGUAUUGGCAGGGAGCGAGGGAGGCAAGAGGCAGGACGAGAUUUGACCUUUGUUGACCAUUUUGCAAUGGGUCUUGUCACUUUCAUCCGGAUUGUAAGUGUCUGGGGUAAACAUACAUUCCGCGACAAGUUUUCCUUUUGACCUCUGGAGGUUCUUGGGGAAAACACAAGGCCUCCUGCUGCCACCUCCGGCAGAGACCAGAGCAGCCGCAGGCGUCUUUCCUCACCGGCGCACGAUCUCUGCCGCUUGGGAGUCUCAUUGAAGCUAUUUGACCUUCUGUGUUAGGAUCACGUCUUGCAAGGCGGGAAUGCAUUGCGGUUGGUGGCAGACAUGGGCUUGAGGAGGGCCUUGAGAGCCCAGCGGAGUUGAGCUUUUGGUCUCCUUACAGUUCUGGCAAAUUACUGAGCGCAAGGGAUAGCCUCUGAAAUUGAGUUGGAUGUCAUCUGUUUUACUGUUUCGUAUGUUGUUUUUUCCUUUUCCUCAUGUGAUACUUACUUACAAAGCAAAGGAAGUGCCCAAACCCCAUGAUGUUAGCAUUCAGUUUAGAAUAUAUGUGAUAUAAACUGCUGUUUGAUACAGCGUAAUUUGUUAAAGGGGGGCAAAAGCGAAGUUUCUCCUGCCUAAGGAAACCUCUGAGUGGUGGGAUUUGGUACUGAACUGAACAGAAUUUCAAGGAAUUCAGCAAACUUGUAGGCCAGUCAAGGGCUUAACAGCCUCUUUCAUAGAAACACUGCUUUCUACUUGCAUUGGAAGUUGCUUGCUUUAAAUCGUUGAACUACGAUUGUUUGCCAGUGAAAUUGUCCGUAUGGUAAAAGAGGUUAACUGGUUGUGGUGGUUCCGCAUUUUGAUUGCACUGAAUAGUUCCUUGCACAUUUUUCUAAGUACUAAUACAGGUUAUACAGUUGGGGUGUCAGGAUUCUGCGCCAGGCUUUGGAUUUUAGUGUCGUGACUGAUCGGUUAGUCUAAUUUUUUAAGCUGACAUAAUGAAAUCUCUGCGUAUUGUUUAGGCUGGACAAGUUGCAUGUGUUGUGAGAAAGAUGAUGAAUGAAGCCAGUUUUUUUUCCUAGAGUAGUAAUUAGCAUAAUAAGUACUUUUUUCCUUUUUUUUUUUUUUUUCCCCCCAAAUUGGCUAAGUCACUUUGGACUACGUAUGUCAGUUGAAGGUGGACAGAACCAUCAUGACUUGGACUCCUAUGCCAGCUACAGCACAUUUGGAAAAUCUUAGCAGUUCUCUGUUUGUACAAAAUGUUGCGGGCUAUACACAUCAUGCCUUAUUCAUAUAGGGAGACAUGUUCGAGCUGGUAGAUAUGUGAAUAUCACGUUAUAUACUGCCAGUUGGGGGUGGGUAACAGUAAGUAACAGUCUCAAUUUUUGUCUGCCUGUUCAUAUUACUGGUUUUUUGGGCUACUUUCCAUGCAAUUCUGUUUGCCAGGUGGACACCUAACACCUUUACUGAAGUCAGGGAAGACCUUGCUCACUUGGAGGAUGAAUUAGCAUGUCAGAAAGCAGUCCCUUUUGAAGAGCAACAUCUUAAUAUUGCAUUUUUGGUUUCAAAAGAAAUGUGGUCUAAACAAAAGGUAGAUAUUAAUUUCUGUAUGCUGUGUCAUGCAUUUGAUGCAUAACAAUGACUGAGAACAGGUCCUUUCCAAAUAUCCUAAAAAUUUGGAUCUAUAAAAAGAAAACUAGUAGUCUUCUGACUCUUAACAUGCAUGGUUUUUAAGGGUUAGGCUUGGUGAAAUAUUUCUAAGCAGGCAAACCUAGAAUGUACACCUUAAAGUCUCAUCAAAUACGGCAUAAUCCUUUCGAUUGCUGGUUGCAAUGGGAAGCGGCUGCUGAUUGCGUAGGGAAAGGCUUUAAAGCCGAAAGCUUUUCAGAUGUACCCAAGUGAGUUAGGAGCAAUAAGAAAGUAACUCGUGUCAGUGUAACAAAGUCCCUGGGACUUGGCCUCGGUUGCUAACAAUUCCUGAGUUACUGACUGUGUGCUUAAAAAUUGCCAGCAGAUACCAUGUUUUCUGAGGAGUACCACCAUCUGAAGAGAGCAUUUCUCUGCUUCUGUAGCGUCUGUAUUUUUUGAUAGCUCAUCUACUUUGAAUGAUCGUACUGAACCACAGUGUCUUGAAGCAUGCGGUUUCGUUUGACGCUUUUUUGCUAUUUGGGAGCCCAGCCUGCUGUGUCUGUCUUCUCUCUUCUUUUGGGUACCUUUAUUGUUUUCCACAGUUGUAUCUUGUUCAGUCACAUGCAAACACCUGUCCUGAAAUUGAAUUACUCUGCGGCGUAAUCUGAAGUCAUCCCCCAUUUCAGCAUCCUGCGCUUUCUGUUGUGUGUUGAGUUAUGUUGCACCAUACUUUAGAUGCGACAGCCAUUUAAUAAUGUUGAAGCCUUAGCUCUGCAGGGGCUAAAAAGAUCCCAGCAGGCUUGUUAACUUCUACUCUCAGACAUUAUGGGAAAUAUUUUCUCCUCCCUGGAACUCCUAGGCAUCCUCUUAAUUAACACUAUAAAAAUCAAUAGCCAGGUAUGCGUGAAGCCUGUUGAAUUUUUUUGCCGUUUUCCAGAGUUUCUCUGUUCCUUCCUAUUUAACCAGACACUCCAGUGCCAAGUGAGAUAUGAGAACGUAAAAGGGAUAAAGGCAGCUUGGGUCAUGCUAGAUACUGCGUUCUUGGCGGGCAGCAAGCUCAUCAAAUGCCUUUCCCUUACUCACCAUAGGGUGUUAUUCUUUCCCCUGCUCUACUCCAUAUUUUCCUUUAUCUCAGUCUCUGAAGUGUUGGACAUUUUAAAACAUUGCACCUUUCCUGUCUCAGGACAGCAUUCCUUUCAGUUCCAGACUGCUGUGGCCAUGGUCUCUGUUGUACCUCUCUAUAGGAUCCCCAUUGGCUGGUAUCAGACUUCAUUUGAGUAGGAGUUAUUUGUACAGAGAUGAGAGAGAUUAUUCAGUGGUUUAGGAAGUGGAGAAGCAGUAUUAAAAUUUGAGGUGGAGGGAGGAACUCAACAAACACUGGAAAAUGAUGGGAAAUCCUAGGGAGUUCAGGAUGGAUAUCACUUAAGAUGAGAACAGAGGAGGAGGAAAGAAGAACUGCAGAGUGCUCAAACAGAAAAGGACGCAAAGUGGUUGAGGGCUGGUUAUCACGUGCAAAGCCUCGGUGGGGGGGGGUGCCUGCUCCUCCGUAGGAGUGACUCGGUUACCGUGGGGCAGACCGACCGAGCAGCGGGGCCGAUCUGCUGACAGGAAGGGUAUGAUGGUAGUGCUGAAGAUGACAGUGAGAUCUCUCCUGGUGGGAAGAGCGUGGAAUCUGUCUGCUGCUAUGAGCAGGAGGUUUGCCAUUAGUAAUUCAGGUGAGGCAGUUGAAGAGCUCACUAGUAACCAUCUUCCCAACACUUCUAUGGGCAAAGGCCAAGGCUUCAUACAGCAGAAGGGGACCUUGAUGAGCGUAAGCAGGGCUUUCUGAGUGCUGUUGUUGACAGGGUAAUCCAGUUUCUUUAAUUCAUUUUUUUAAAUUGACUAGAAUUUAUGGAGAGAAUUUGGGUAUUGGGGUGAGCAUGUGGUAUGGGAGGAGUCGUAUGAGCCGAACAAGUUGUUCAAGAGCUAAGGAAAUGAUAAAGGCAUACAUCCAGACAAGCUGACAAAUGUGAAAGAGGGAGGGGAUGCUUGCAAAUGAAAGGCUGAAAAUGAUGAUUUGUUGCACAAGGACUGCUUGGGCUCAGAGGUUUCUUUGGUGGUUUGUACUGCGUGUCCUAGGGAGGCUGGAGCAUGCUGACAGCACGUCAGUCUGCACUACGUUAACACAACGAAUUUGCUCCAUCGUCGUGAAAGAAAUCCCCCAAAACAACUGUGGUUCAGUAACAUCCAUCCUUCUGCACAUCCUAACUGCUGGGUGGGGACGUGGAGGUGGUGCAGCAACCUUGGCAGUUACAGGCUGGGAAGAGAACUGAAGAGCUCUGGCCACCUGUGUAGAAGGUACGGGGAGGGCAGAGCGUGAUUGUUGUGGUGCAGUUAAAGAGGUCAGAAAUGGAAAAGGAGAGGGAAGGAGUAUAUGUUGUUAAAUACGUGAUCUCCAAAGUGUGUGGUAUUGGUCAAGCAAAGGCUGUUGGUUUUAGAGCGAGCAAAAGAGGAGAAAAUAUAUUUGGAAGAGUCAUGGGUUUGAAUAGCUAGCCACCAGGGAGUGGGUGAGAGAGGACUCGGUGACACAAGCUUAGUAACCUGUUCCCCCUAAAUCACCAGUUCAUCUGGGCUCUGUGAGGCAGAGAUCACAGUUGGCUGGUUGCUUGGAAGCUGAUGUAAAAUAAAUUGGAGGUCAAAGUCCAGUGGAGGUGACAGUGUCAUGAAAAUAAUCACUGAGAUGGGUCUUAAUUGUCGUCCUUGAAAAUUUCAGAAGACGUUCCCGGGAAUGAAUGGGGUUCAGAGCCAUUUGCAAUCUUUUAAUGUUUUCCCCUCCAGUCGGGAAUUGUGGUGACCUGCUGUAUAAGAGUUUGUGUUGCUGCUCCUCUCCCUGCAUCUAAUCGGACAAUAUGUGUUGCUCACUGGCUGUGAGAGAGCCAAGCUGGUGCUUGUAAUGAGUCUUAGGCAUUGGCUGGAAAUCCUCCCUCAGCCCAGGUAGCAGAGUACUACUGCAUUUGAGUGAAUUUCUUUUUUUUUUUUUUUUUUUUUUUGCAAGUGUUGCAGAAAAAGAAACAAGCAAGCAGAGGUCGAGCAUUUAAUGGAUAUAUUUUUCACUGGCUCUUUUCUCAACAGCGUAUGAAGAAUCCCAAAGGACAGAAGCAGUUAGCUAACCAAUGAGGCAUCAUAGCUGAUUUUAGGUUCCAUGCAGGAGAAAAAGAUGCUGAAGCCCCAGCAGCUCUAGGGGAAAGAGAUUUAAAUGUAGGUUUGGUCCUGAGAAACGUGCCUCCCCUCUGCUUGGAGACCAGUCCGUAAGAGAUUACUGUACCCCAGAGCAGCAGUUUGGAGGAUGAUAGAGAUGUCAGCCUGUGAGUGCAAAGACUUGUACCACUGGAUGACGAACCAGCAGGGAUUUCUCAUUAAUGGAAUGAAUGUUAACAAGAAUAAUUCUGUUUUGUGAGCUUGUGUGUGUGUGGAGGAUAAAUGAUAGGGACUGAUGGAUGGUCUUCACAGAGAUUUGAUUAGGGAGAAGGUGAAUGGCAGUGUGUGUGUGAGACAGGGGGAGGUGUAUGCACGUGGUGCAUCCAUUGCAGAAGGCAGGCACACUGCUAGUUGAUAAUGUCUGACAGAGGAGACUCAGCAGAAGUAGCCAGGCGAGUCCUAGGUGAAAGCAGAAGCUGAGCAGUGGUGUGGAUAUUUCAUUUUUUGUUUUUUGCAUUGUAGGGUCUUGGGUUUUAUGUUGCAUGGUGGUAACAAACCUGUAUCCAAGAAUUUCUCUAUAAAACUUUUCUCAGCAACAGAGGUUUCUGCUUUAUGCUAAUAAAAUGUUUGGCUAUUUGAUACUAAUUCCCCCAGUCAGUAUGGGAGCACUGAGUGACAGCUUUUCUGACCUGCUUAGCAUCAGUCUUGGCUCUGAAGUAACACUGUGUUAGAGCUUGUACGAGCCCUUCCUGUCCCUGAAAAAGCAGGAGACAGGCCAGACCUACUGGUUGAGAGGCUGGGCAGGGAGAACCAACAGGAACAAUCCCUCAUCCUGCCUGAGGCCUUCAGAUGCCGCUGGAAUGCAAAUAAUAAAUUAAAAAAAGCAAAAUAGUCACAUAAGCUGAAUAGGCACUCUAGCAGGCUUAGCAGCUCCAUCCUCAGGUGCAGGAAUAGCUGAAAAACUGAAGGAACUGCAAGAACUGCUCAAGAGGGAUGUAGAAACAGGGAAAGAAAUGUGAAUCCCUUUGGCAGUGAGAUAUGAGAGACCCCUAACCUGAAAACCCAAACCUCCGAUGUCUUCCCUGCUGCCUGUGCCAGAAAGCCUUUAGGAGCUCCCGUCUGAGGCCGGAGCACGGCCAGCUGGAACGCGGCUGCAGGGUAGCAGACGGCAGAAGGAGUUCCCGACCCCAGCUUGCCCGGCGCUGCCAGCCCCGCACGUGGGGUGCCAGGCACGGGGAAGCCGGCGGCCAAGCCAGCUGCUCCCCUCGGGAGCGAGCGGGACGGCAAAGGUGGAGACUUGGCUCCGUCCCUCGGCUUGCUGGCCAAAAGAGCUGCGCUUGGCACAAGGGAGGGAGUGUGCUGGAAGGCGACCGCAGCCAAUUACUCCCAGCCUGGGAGGGAAGGGGAGAGGAGAUUUGUUCCUUUCCAGGGCUCUGCCUGCAUCCUGGGGCGACGCUUGUGGCUGCCAGCCUCAGUGCGAGCAAUGCUUAGCGGCUCGAGGUGGCUCCUCAGGGAUUUCAAGGCCGAUGGUGGAGCAUGUGAGCGGCUCCGCUGAAAGCUAGCGUGGCUGCUCUUCGCUGUAGGUGCUCGCCGGCACGGAGAGGGGCUCCGUCACUACCAUUUCCUGGGACUGAGCUGUUUUUCUUUGACAGCAUUAGUCUGAAUUCCUUAUGAUUUCUGAUCUGUAUUUGCCAUCUGUUUUCCCCAAUGGUGUUACGCAUUUUUUCAGAUCAAAAAAGUGAAAUUGUUUACCCAUUCCCCAAAUUUAAUCUCGUAUAGAAAGUGAAAAAAAUUAAUAUAUAAAAUAAACUAUGGUGUGUACUGAAUGUAAAUGAGGGACACGUUUGCUCGUUCUUUCUCCUGUGGAGAAACAUAUUACUCCUCAGACUAAUCCUAUUGAUUUAGUUGGGGAGCUACUGCCUGCUGCUGAUGCAGAGUCCAAGUGGCAGGAUCCGGCCCUACAGCGGCAGGUCUCCGUCACCAUGGGCACAAAUCCUUUAUUCCCCAGCUAGCCCCACUGAAAUCUCCUGAGGUUACCUCUGCAUGAGCUAUUCGAGAGGAGCUGGGUUUUCAAAACAUGACCCUGACUUAGGAGUACAUUUUUAAAAUUUCUAUUUGCAAUGUCCCGUGGUGGAGGUUUACUUUUCACUUGGUGGAGCUGGCGGCAGAGAAAGUCAAAUGAGUUUCCUAAUCUGGUUUGUCUCAAAUACGGCCUCAGAGAUAUGCAGCGCAAGUGGAAAAAUAACUGCCAGCACGGAGAUGCAUGUCCUCUCGGAGCAAAUAAAGCUGACUUUUAAAAUAAAUGUUAAAUCUCAUCCUUGGUACGAAGGGAGACAGGCCCGUGGCUCAGGUAUGGGAGAGAUAUUUUAAGGUGGGCUGUGGAAGCAAACUCACCACCGAGCUUCUGACCUGGCGUACGUGUCCCUUUUUAUUUGCUGAGUCCAAUAAUAAGCUCGUUAUUAGAGGACAUCUGUUACUGCCUGAUAACACGAACAGCGAGCAGGAGCACAGCGUCGGUGGGCAGCCAGGGAUUUUGGCAGCUGUGGGGAGCGGCAGUUCUGUGGACUGUUUCACACCUCGUCCAGAGCUGGUGCUUCCCUCCCACGGGCCUGCGGCCGGGUGGGAGGAUGCCAGGGGUUUGGGGCGCAGGCUGUUCCCGCGCAGAGCUCUCCCAUGCCCGCGGCGUGCACGUGUGCCAAAGCCGCGAGGCGUGCAGGAGCAGCGCCUCAUCCCCCUCGCUGUCGGCACGGUGGGACUCUCGGCGCGCCUCCAAGGCUGGGAGCGGAGUGGCUGGGGGAAAUGUGCCGCGUGCCAGGCUCUGCCUUUUCCUUCCUUCCGCAUUUCCAGGAGAUGCGAUUCACACACCGGUUUCUUGCCCCCAAGCCUCCUCGCCUGAAGAAAAACACUGAAGGAGACUCUGUGUGAGCUGAAUCUGAGCGUCGGGAGGUUUUCCCCAAAGUCAUUGCUGUAGGUAAUGUAUAUUUAUGAGCGGAACAAAGUGGGCCAUAGAUACUUUCAAAGGCUGCUUUCCUCUCAGGGUGGCUCAGUAUUUAGGCACGUAAGGAGAGGGAGAUGCUCUCCCAGACCGCACUCACCGGUGGCAGAGCGGGCCGGCACAGGAGAGGUGGCUGGCAUCCUUCGCCCGCCAGCCGGUGGGCUGCCUCUGCCGCCGGGGAGGUGCCUGCCUGCCGGUCAGGAGACGGUGUUGCUCAGUGGGUCGGGCGAUCGCGUCGCUCUGCCGGGUGCUGGCGCAUGUCAGCGAGAUGCAUGGCCCUGUUCCAUGGGUCCGUACCGCCGCGCGUGCCCUGCAGCCCAGCGCUUGGCUGCGGAAGGGUCUUUCCGGAGAGGGAAACUGGGGAUGGAAAGUCAGUUUUGGAGCACGUGGAUUUGCACCAGAAUCUGCACUGUUUAUGUAUGAGCAAUGCUGUGUGUAUAUUUGACAUCCUUUCCAGUGUGAUCAAGCUGACACCUAGAUUAGCUUGCGGCGCUGGAGAUACAAGGCGUGACAUGGAGGAAAGGCCAGUUUGCUUCCUCACUGGCAAGUUUUGUGGGACUGGCUAGGUGUGUCGCCCACAUUCGCACAGGUGUAAGAAAAGCAUACAGUCACUGAGUUAUGGCCAGUGGUGGUCAGUGUUUGCUGGGCUGGGCUGCUGAUUGAUCCAAAUUGCAUUUUGAGCAGAGGCCGUGACUUCCCAGCUGAACUUUUUGGCCACCAUGGAGCACCAGAUUUCUCUGUCUCUGCUCAUAAAUCUAUAGAGGUACAUAUAUGUGUAUAUUGAGAUAUAUAUACACACAUAUAUAACUUAGAGGGCCAAAUUUCAUCCGCUGGCCUAAGUGCCAAACUGCUCCUCUUGUGGAAGGCAUUUCAAGAAGAGAUUGUCCUCCAGGGUGAGAAGCUCACGUCGGGUUCUGUGCAGACCCUUGGUAAGGUCAUUUUUCCCUAUGUGGCCAGCACCAGUCCACUCUUUUGGGAAAUCCCCUGGUUUCAUUUGCCUUGCCAUGUGAAUUUGAGGUCCAUUAAGGACAAAGUUCCUUCACCGCUGUCUGUUUCUGUGGUUGUGUAGGUCUUUCUAAGGACUGUCAAGUAGCCCAGAUCUUGUUGAACAUACCUCAGCUGCUAUAUACUUCCCAAAGGGCCUCUGUUGAGCUGGAUCAUUUCAGCCAGGACUCCUCAAGAGGAAUGAGGAGUGCCACAUCUGGCCAAUAAUUUGCUGUAGCCAACGUGUGAGUUUGCUUCAAUGAAAGCAGGAUUUUUGCUCAUGGAUCAAACAUCAAAGGAUUCUUACAUAACGCAACAUCUUUUAACAUUGGUGAAGUAUUAGGUCAUAAUCAUGUAGCACUCUGAUAUAUUUUAUUAUCCUAUUUUAUUUCUGAAUGUGGUUCACCUCAACUCAAGUGAUUCCCUAGCCUUGCAGAAAAUAAUAAUACAGAUGACUUACAGUGAGUCUUGGUUAGGCAGCUGUGAAUUUGGGCUGCACCCCAAGCAAAAGCAUCCCGAGCAGGAGCGGCCGACUUUCCUGAUCUCUGUAUCAAAUCUUUCAGGCAGCUGCGAGACUCAGAGAGGCAAGGGGAGAGGUAUCUCCAGCAGGUUUCGUAGGCAUGAGCUCGCCAAGGGAUGGGGCUGGGCUGGGCGAGCAGGCAGGCCUUGGGCAAGCAGAGCCUGCCGUCUGGCACCCCACGCCUUGCUCCAUCAGUUGGUCGGUCUGGGGGGCUGUGGGAGGCAUCAUUCUUGAAUGAAUGCUUUUGCUGUGAAAAUGCAGAGCUCAGCUGUCAAAACGGAGUCUCUGGUGAGGAACGUACAGCACCUGCCGGUGUGCUGUUUUCAUAUGUUGGCAGCACGUGCAUGCACACACAUGUAGCGAGGGUCUGCUUUUACGUUUCUGCGUGAGGCAACCAGGACAGAUGCGUAGGUAUCGUUUUUUCCGUUCCUGCUUAACUGAGGGGAUUUUCACUCUUCUGUUGAUUUCGGUUGCCUUUUUUACCUCCACCUCCAAAAAUGUAGCGUGCUUGGUUCCCUCUGUGAAGCUGAUUUUUCAAGACAACAAUGAAAAUUUCAAAUUUGAAAUGUUUGAGCUACUUCUUUUGCAGUGAAAGCUGGCAAGAAGGGAACAGAAUAGAGAGUUUGAAAGCGUGGAGGUCAUUUCAUCCUGGGUUUGCGCAGGGAUAAAUUCUCUCGAGCGCUACGCUUUAUGGCAUUACCCGCUUGGAGAAGCCGGGGCUGCAGGUUUCUGAGCAUCCUCCUGGGAGCGAGCCUACCAUUUGUGAGCAUUUGCACCGGCAGGAGCAAUGAAGGCUUUUGCAGCAAAACCACGCUGAUCAACUCUGGUUCUGCUCCUCACCACCCUUCCCCAGGCUUCCAGGGGGAUCUGUCUUUCCUGUCACUCAGGAUAACGAUUCCCCACUGGCAGCACAGAGAUCCAGAAAUGCGCUGUAAUCUUGCCCAGAGUUUGAUUCCCCAGCUGGGACUCCCGGAUUUAUACAGCCAGGCGGUAGAUCGUCAUUGUGCUUAAGCUUGUACGUUGGUGUGCUGAACCACUAAAUGAGUUGAAGGGUCUCUUUUUGUCUGGAAAUAACCUUGACUCUUGGAGUGGUAAAAUCUAUGGAUUUCAUCACAUAAAUUGGUUUAGAUUUAACUUGAUCCACCUAUUCAAUUUUAAAAGCUUUCUUUUUUGCUUAAGCGUGGAUUAAUAAUUCAUUCCCAAAUCAGGGGUUAGCACAAUGGAUAUUUAAUUGUAAAUGUAUAUCGUUAAUUAGAACUUGGUACGCGGAUGCAAAAUUCCUUAUCUUGUAGUUUUUCAAAAGCACACGUAUUAAACCACAGCUUUGCCCUUCAAAAAUAUUAUUCUGUGUAUUUAAAGGUCUGAAUGACCUUUUAAUCAGACAUUGCACCUUUGCUUCCAGCUGAUAUGACAACGUCUGACAGUAACUCAACCUGAUGCUGCAAGAAAAUAAAUAAAGGCCAUCUCAGUCACUAUGUCUUUAAAUUUCUCUGUCUGGCUGUGGUUUUGUGUUUAGGCAGAUGGGCCCACAGCGGUAUAUUACGUUUAGUUUUCAGGUGAAGGCAAUCUAUUGAGUUUAAUACAGUUGCAUGUUUGGCUGUUCUUUUGAGGUCAAUUUAGUUGUGUGAUUGUUUCCUGUCAUUCCAAACUCCAGCCUCUUCUGCAGUCAACCUCUUUAUAAAUUAUAAAUCUGUAUACCUCGCUCUCAGCAGCCAUCUUACAGCCCACACAGACCGGUGCGGAUGGUCUAGCAAUUGCAUUAGCUCUCCUCGGCGUACCUGGGGAGGAGGGCUGCUGUGCUUUGUCACUACUUGUGCUUAUGCUAAACACAUGUAACGGGGCAGAACAGGGACUGGUAAAGAUGGAUAUGAACAAUUCCUACUUUUAGACCACCGACACAAAGAAAACUCAUACUGGUCAGGGCGAUUGUAUUCAACAAACCAGCUCAUUGUCUUUGGAAGUUAAUUUUCAGAUGAUUUAUUAAAGCCUAGCAUUCGUGGAGGGGGAGGGGGUAUUGAAUUGACUACAGGUCAGAAUUCUGGUGACACAGCAGAAGUAUUUUCAUCUCUGGUAUUUCCAUGGGCACGAGCGAUAAACAUAACAAUAACAGCUCCCCUUUCAUACGGCUUUUACAAAAAGAGGAGCCGUGUACUGCUUGAGCCUGACUAUCACAAAAUGGGCUAAUUAUUCAACAAAAAAUACUUGCCAUACUAAUAAGCAGUUCCCUGGAAUUCAGAAAGAAGUAUUCUGACAUCAAGUACAAUGCACGCUGUACACUGUAGGGUCCAUGGUUUAUUGGAUUUUUACGGAAAAACUAGGAAAACAUUUAAAAGGUCCUCCCUGAAACAAAAGUGAAAGAAUUCUUUCCAAAAGAGACAUGGUAUUUAUAUAUGACACCAGCAAAAUCAGUGAGAACUCUUUCAUUACUAGUAUUUAUUUGCAAAUUUCCAGAGUUUUGCUUUGAGGGGAGUUUCACUGGACGUGAUGCUACUAUUUGUGGGCGGUUCUUAAUGAAACAAGUACUUGUGAGCUGGGACUGACUGAUAGAAAGCCAUCUCAGGGCUUGUUCUCACCUCCCUGGUCAGUGCAUCAUCAUUAGUUCUGGAGGAGAGACGUGUGGAUCUAGAUGCGUGGGUUCAAGGGCGCUCUCAUCAUCUUUUGACUUUGAAGGAAAUGGAGGGCAAGAAGUACCUCACAGAAAUGACACAGCCCUUGCAGGCUCAGCCCCUCAGUCUCUCAUGUAUGUUGUACUUUAAGGCUGUGAAGGGAAUUUGCCUGUACUCAAACGUGUAUGGAGGCACCUGCAUGCAAGUGGCUAUCAUUUUGUGGAGGGACAACAAGUGGGGGAAGGAGGGAAGGGUAGCAACUCUGCAAGUAGACUAUUUCUGUGUAAGCCAAGGUCCAGCAUGCGUGCAAAAGAAAGUACACGGGCAGCACCCCCCUAAGUCAGUAGGAUGUUUCCCUCACUGAAAUGAAGUCAAGGAUGUGCUUAAGUGCUUUCUGCAUUGCAACUUAAAACGUGGAACGAGGUGGCCGGCCUGAGGUUUGAAAAUGCCGACCUCUGCUCCCAUGGCAUCUGUAGACACAGCAUGCUUUCUCAAUGCCUUUGUUAUUCCCCUAUGAAAAGAAGUGUUCUUGCCAAAGCAUGUGUCUAACCUGCAAACCCACCAAGCCGUAACCGCGCAUCCAGUAUGCCAAGGCACAGGCACAAACCAUUGUACAACUGUGUGGUUAUUCUAAAAGCACUGUCUGUUUUCCAGGAGGUUUUUUUUCUAGCAAUAUUUUCAUUUCCAUGACUACCUUGUUUAACUAACUAAGGAGAAGACAGCACGUUAGGUGUGUUAUAUACUGAGUACGAUGUAUCGCGUGUGAUCCUAAAAUGGUGUGUGUUUGGAGAAAGGAUGUUUCUAUUAAUUGUCAGGCAAUGUGAGGCAUCGUGUUGUUCCUAGAUAACUGAAAGUAUGCCUAAAAUGUAAAGGAAAAGAACAACUAGAAGAACUCAAGUAUGCCAAUGCUGCAAAAGAAAGCUUAACUUGUUUUCUUGCUUUUUUUUUAGAGAACACCUGUUCCCAGCGCUGAAGCAUUCCGAUGGUUCUUUUAAGCAGUAGUGUAUCUUAUUUUCAAGGCAGUCCGAAGUGAAUGGCAAGCUAAAGUCUUGUUUUAAGAAACUGCUUAGUCCACCAUUGAAGAAUAUACUCAGAUACUAUUUUCAUUUAUGUAUAGGGGUUUCCUCAAAAGCAAAAGACAAAAAUCUGGGAGCCUGGGGAAUUGGCCAGCUUCUUCACAUUCAGUACACUGAUUCUUUCUUUGAUGUAACUUAGCGAUACUAGUGAAGUUGUUGUCUAUUUUUAAAGUGGCUGUAAAAACAACAAAAAAAAAAAGUUUGGGUAAACCCCUGCUAUAAAGUCAUGUAUCUUUGAAAAGUAACAUAUCUAUACUUCAUUUUCAAAUAUAUGUGUUUCAGUACUGUAAACUGUACAGAUAGCCGCUUGUAUUUUGUGUGUUUAGACACAAGGAGACAAUCAUGUCUGAGCAUCUAUGGAGAUUAACGGUUUGUACACAACGGUGUGGUUCUGCGAGUUAAAUCCGGAGCAAUAAAUUCUAGCUUUAACUAUUAUUUUGCUAGUUGUUUAGCAACAGCAGCAACAGCAGCACUGUUUUACCAUGCAUCCUUCCAUAGAGACUUGAUGCCAAGUUUUCCAAGAUAAAAAGAUCGUGACGCAUCUAGCAAUUACCUUCCGUCGUGGUGGUGUGAGAGGGGAAGACAUAACAUUUAAGAUUAAUCUUUCAAGCACUAUAUUAGAGUAGUGGUUUGUGCACUUGCAUUGCUUCCAAAGGAGCUUUACAGAGGGGUAUCUCUCCAAAAAUGCUGUCUGGUGUCUGACUUGCUUUUCACUGUGCUCUGAGGUGGAGUGCCCAGCAUAGGCGGAUGUGCAAAACCAGUCGUCUAUAUAAAGGUUGUUCUAGAAUGCAAAACAAAGUGAGUACAAGACCUUAGAAAAAAUGACGACUCAGCCUAAUUACCCUUCACCUAUGAGUUCUUAUGUAACAUUUUCAGUCAAUGGAGUAAAUAUUUUAUGAAGUGGAAUGCCAUAUUUUUGGUCCAAGUGGAGCGCUUCACAGUUAAGUGAGUUUUGACAGUUGGACUGGUUUGGGUCUCACUUGCACUUGUGUUCAUUUGAGAGCCUGGAUAUUUUUGUGGUAUAAAAAUGAACUUUUUCUUUAAAAUGUUUAAAAAAAGGCCGCUUCUCCCCACACGUUUCUUGGUCCACCGAUCUCGGCUUUGCUGAACGGCUGGUCCCUUAGGCCCCCAGAAGAAUGCCCCGCCGUUCUUCUUCCUGCUCUAGCCGCGUGGAGGAAAUGUCUGCUCCUCAAAAAGGCAGCGCACGGAGGGAUAUAACUCACAUGUCAUAAAAAAAUAUGGAGGAUACUGAACUUAGGGAUACUUAUUAUCAGUAGAUCAUCACUUUUUAUUGCUUGGCUUCGUCAUACCACUCAUGAGUGAGAAGGCCAUCCCAUCAAAGUAAGCCAACGCUGUUGUGCCAUGUAUUUGAUAGAUUUAUCAUUUUGUACAAGAUAGGACUACCAGUAGUUUCACAGACAAGGUGCUGGGCGUGGGAAUAACCAGUUAAGGAUGCACAGCACAUUCAAAUCUCCUAUUGUUUCAGCACUUUCUCUGUUUUUUGCUAAGUACUUCAGCCUUUGGCCCCUGGUCACUCUCACUUGGUGAAGCACAGGGGAUGGUUGGGAACACUGCGGUGUGAGACCUGUGCAGGCGGGGGAGAUGCCGGCUUUGGCAGGGGAGGGAGCUCGCAGGACUGGUGGGUGUUGAGAAUGGCCCAGAAAGCAAAGACUGAGGGAUGGAGGAGGAGAAACCUCCUGAGGUCACACGUGUGUGUCAGCAGGGCUGGGCAGAGCGUGGGUGACCUGGGGUAACUGGAGGAGUGUGGCGGGCGGGCUGGGCUUACACCUGCGUCCUCAACUUAGGGUCAAUGCACGUGUCUAUGUCUUUGCGUCGUAUGACGUCACAUACAUGGCUUCAGAGAUGGAAUGUCAUACCUGAAAUGCUUCUAUCAUGGUCCCCCUCUUGCAGUUUGUAAGAGAUCCUCAGUUGAAUAUUCAUCCAAUACCCAUUCAAUGAGCUUUACGUCUGUUUGUAUGGCAGCCGUGUAUGGAUUUUUUUUGUGUUGGAGACUUUUUGGUUAGGGCCUCUGUUACUGACCACUAGACCAAUACGAGCUCUGUAAGGUCUUCUCUAUCAAAACGCUGAUUGAUUUACAAACUGAAGCCUUAUUUGCACAUCUGGCUUGCCUUGCUUUUUAGAAAACUGUGAUUGCUCUUACAGAAGCAGAGGCAAAAUUAAGUUCAGGCUACAUUAGGUGUACAAAGAUAUUCAUAGCAAUGUACUUCCUGUCUAAUACCCUAAUGUUGCAUGUCUUAAUGUGGUUUCUUUUUUUGUUUUGUCAUUUUGUUUUAAAGAACUGAUGGAUCUGUAUAUUGUAAUUGUGGUGUUUUACAUGUCAAUUCAAAAUUGUUAAAACAAACAAACAAGCAAACCUGUUAAUUAUUGAAAAUGAACAAGAGUUGAUUUUUCUUCGAUUUACCCGUAUGGUUUUCAUUUCAGAUGUUGUUCCUUUGCACCAUCAGAUUUUUAGCUUUUGCUGAAACAGUAUUUAUAUGAUGUAGUGCGCAUAGACCAUUUUAAUUAGUGAUGUUUGAAGAAGGAAAUCCCUUUUCUGGCCUGUCUCUCUCCACCACAGCCCUACACCCCACCCCCCCCCCCCCCCCCCGCUUUUAUACACAUUUGUCAAUCGGAUUAUUGUCAAGUUCUAAUAACCAAAUUUGUGCUUUUCACAAGGUCCAAUACCAUUUUCCAGUGUGAAAAGUUGUAUUCCUCUCUGUCUUUCAUUCUCACGAUGCAAAAAAAAAAGGGGGGGGGGUGGCAAAAAAAAAGCAGAACGUACUUUUGCCAUCUUCUAAGUGUGAGCACUAAGCCUAAUAGAAGCAUUUUUGGCACACCCCAGAUAAACUUAUGAAAAAAGGUAAGGCUGAAAGGGAGGCACACAUACUCAUUCUGUCAAUUAAUAACAGACCCUCCCUAUGAGGGAAAAUACUCCCUUUUGUACAGAACCCCUGGUAUGUAAGUCCUACAAUUAAUGUUAAAGAAUAUAAAGUCUUUAAAUGGGCUAUAUCUGUAAUCAAAUAAUGAAGAAAGAAAGUAGUUAAAUGAACAUACCAUUCAGGGUCGAAUGCAUUCAGCAAAAAGCAGUAGUGGGCCUUUGAUCAUGGUUAGAUGCAUAGUGAUAUCAAACAGUGGGUUCUCAUGUAACAGCUAAAUGUUUCAGAUUUUGUUUUUAUUAAAUUUGGCAGUUUCAUGCUGAGCUCUACUGUAUUCUUAGUGAAUAAAAGACAGCUCCUAUGUUAGAAAGUACUCCAUUUUCACAAUUGCAGGGAACUAGGAGGGUUUUUUCAGAAACACGGGCCACAGAAAUGUACUCCUUUCACAGUGUUCUCCUAUUUCUGAACUGUGCAGUUAUCUAUUAAAUUUUCUAAUAGAUAUUUGUGUAAGGUGUAUGUAUGCUUGUGCAAUUAUGGAAAAAAACAGUUUUGGAAAACAGUGUAUUUAUGAAAAAAAUAAUCACUUAUGGGGCAUGUACAAAACUGUAUAAAAACAUUCAAUUUGCCCAGUAAAGUUGUUUUUGUGAUAUUUCUGUGUUGUUGAAUAAAGGACUUUAGUAUUCAAAAUAUCUCUCUUUUUCCAUAAACAGGUUUUGUUUGUGGGAUCUUAAACAAAGAAAACCUCUUUUAAAAAAGAAUCCUCAAAAUGAGCGAGAAGGUCCAAAUGCUGACCUCAGUCUUGUGUAUGGGAAUGAAUGCUUAUGAAGUGGCAGUACAAUAGCUACAAAACUGAUUCCUUCUCAAUUGGCAAUCGAUGGAAACCCCAUAAGUUGUAUGCCUGAAGGUAACAUUGUACUCUGAAUUUUUUAAAAUAGCAGAAAAAAAUACUGCCUUUUUAAAGACUAGGAAUGUUACGUUGAGCUUUUGAGGCUACGAAAAGGUUAAUGAAGUAGGAGCAAGACAGAUUGCAGAAAAGCGUUCAACCCUUUAAUGCAGACCUCUGUUGUAUAAAAAGAGUGGACUAGCGAGGGUGAUGUGAUAAAUUAGCAGUUAGCUUCGUGGGGAAAAGCAUACAAAGGUGAAAUCUCAUCUGUAACUCUUGCAACAAACAAUAGUCCUGAGAUUCGAUCAUCCUGUUGCUGUUGGAGUAUUUGGGUUUACGAAUAGGAUUUGUGAGAGAAUGACAAUAAUGUCUUCCGUUUUGUUUUACUGCUGCUCAGUUCAAAGUUCUGCUCUUUACCUGCCUCAUGAACUAUACAUAGCAAAGGAAACGGUUUCCUUUUGCUAUUUUAUUUCCCCAUACUACUUGCCGACAUUACAGCAACUUCGGAUAGGUGGGAAAGUUCGUGACUGUGCUGGCAGCACAUCACCUGAUUUUGGUGAAAUUUGGAACGUCAUUUUUCUGCGAAUAUUCCUUUAAUAAACAGAAUGUCUGCUCUUAGGUGCCCAAACAGGAUUUGAAAGGGUUUGAAACACGAGAUAGGUCCUUUGGUCUGUGAGAUUCCUUCAGUGCCAACUGAUUUUCCAGGGGGAGCCUCAGUGUAUCCUUCUGUUUUUUAAAGAAAGAAACAGAAGUGAAAGGAAUAGAAGUGGAUUUUCCACUGAUCCUGUCUGCUCUUAUCGAAAUCCAUAAGGAUAUAUGUUCUUGGGAGAUGUAGACCACUCAUUAGACAAUGCCAAGAGUGAAUCUUGAGGUCUGUUUGAAGAGGAGGAAAAGGGCUGCCAGGUUGCUCAGGCAUAGUCAGUGAUCUCUCUGGAUUAAAUAUAGAAUUCACAGGGAGGAAAUACACUCAUUUCAUGAGAUGGUCGAUUUGGAAGCGGGAAGAGGUCUCUGAGUUCCUAUUCCUUUAAUGCUUUCUCUUUCAACUUUUUUUCCCCUCGAGUAUUGUUUUAUACUAGUCUGAAUGAAAAACGUCCCUCAGUUCCAGAGAAAUACUCACCCCAGAUAUGAACCUUUCAGCUUAAAACUACCUCUAGCUUUUUCUAGCUUUUAUUUUUUAAUUAAAAAAAAAAUCUAAAAAAAAACCCCAGACAACAAGCAGGUAAUUCUUCAAAGCCAAAACUGACAAAGUCAUUACUGAGCCUAUUAAAAGGAAGGAAAAUACCCUUUUGUGUGGAAGCUCAAUUCUUCUAGGCUGUGUUGGACUCAAUUUGGUUUUGCCGCUAGCCAUUUCAGUGCUCUCUCAUAUUUUUCCAAGGAACAAGUCUGAAAUUAUGAACGGUCUAGUGAUACGGGGCAACAUGCCUUCUGGGAGGCUCAAGUCCUCCACAGAUUCCCAUGGGCUUUACUAGAUAGCUCAUGAAAUUGGAAGAUAUUAUAUAGGUGACUUAGUUAUAAGUUCUACCUUACUUCGCUGUAAGGACCUACUCGGUCAUCAGUGCACAAUGUGCAUGGAUAGAUGGCCCCAAAAUCUAUAAAGGUAAGAAAUACAUUUCUCGGUAAUAACUGGAGAACAUACAAUAAAGUUUGAGACCGCUGGAACUAUCUGAGGAAAGAAAGGUGAACAUCAGCAAAGAUGUCAGGAUUCCACCGUACCUUUGUUUCUGUUUGCCAUUUGGUUUUUGGGAUGGACACGCUCGGCUGGGUAGCUGGGUCUUUCAGCAAGGCAGUUUUGCCUAAGAUAGGCAGAAUGAAGGAUAGCGCGUAGCAAAUUGUAAUCUUGCAAGACAAGGAUCUAGACUGCCGAAAGUAGCUGCAAUGUUCGGGAAGUAUUUCCAUUGGUCUUCUAAUUUUUCAAAUGGUAUUUAAAGGAUUGUCACGUUAUUCUCAAUUUAAUAAGCAGGAAUAGUUUGUUGUGCUACUGCCCGUUCCCUGAAAAAGGGGUUUUAGAAAUUAGCCUUAAUGGGUUAAUUUCCCAAUAAACUUUGAGAGUACUUCUUAGUCUAAUACGCCUUCCCCAUAAGAGAAAAUGCUGUAAUUGUGGGUUCAUUGGCCUGUAUAAGGCCCCUUUGACUUACAGAGUCAAGGAUCUUUGCUAGAAAAUAAUUCAGCAGAAUUCUUGUAGAAAGAUUUGCAGGUGUCAUGAUGUCAGCCAGAGCCUGGAUUAAUUAUUCAGUGCAGUUCUCCCCAGCUUGGUUUAUGAUGUGUAUAAGCAUCCUACAUUUGAGAAGAAAACACCUUUCUUCCCUUACUGCCUUAAAUCUGCUCUCUUUACAGAGUUAAUAACACUAACCCUCUGCACUUCUUCAGGAAAACCCAAAACAUUAGGAGAAAUACAUCUCCUUUUGGCUAGACAUUUUCCUUUUGAAAUUGAGAGAGAAGAGUUAGCCCAGGUCAGAAACCCCUGUUGCUUGCCCCAGUCUCCUAACACAGGUAUUCUCUGCGUCGGAUGUAGCUUGUGAGCAAAGUCCAUAACGUCAGCUUGGCAAUCAGACACAACCCUACGGGAGAUCAACACCAAAGCAAACACGACCCAGCGGGGGACGUUCCCACCGCCGCCUCCCCGGUACCUGCGACACGCACAAGUUUGUGCCAGAUUGUCCGACACCCCGUGCUCUCCCAGGGGAUCAGGUUUGCUGUGCCCAGGAGAGAGGUGCCCCUCCCCAGAUCUGAUGAGCAGGUAGCAUGCUGGAGAGUUUUUAAGAGGAGAGAAGGUUUGCACGUCCAGAGAGUGACUAGAAUAUCUCGACUCACGUGUGUCGCGUUAGCUUCUGAUUUCUAGCCGUGAGUGUCUGAGGCCACCAGGCUUUAGGAGAAGUAGCUGGACUGUUGAGUAUACCUAGUCUCUUAUGUGCCUACAUUUUAAUAUUCAUACCUAGAGAUCAAUAGUGAAUUUGACCAGCGGAUGUGUUGACCGAGAAUGUACUGUUUAAUGCAAAUUUAUAACAACUGGCUUUCAGCCUGGUUUUGGAGAAUUAGUGGGCAAAUAACCUGAUCUAAAGAAAUCUGUCACCCACAUUAGGAACUGUGAACUAAUUAUUGCUUUCUGAUAUUCUGCUCUUACUUGUUUUGCCUUUUUAUCCUGAUUGUUUGCAUUCCUAGGACCGAUUUGCCUUUUUGAUGCAAUGCCAUGUGAUCUGCUGAUUAAUUUUUGUGAGCAAUCAUAAACUCCAACCUAUGGCUGACUCGGUAUAUUUUUAUGCUACGCUCCAUAAACAUUCAUUCAUUUCUUAUGAUUACUGUGUGGAAACAGACUUUUACAGGCUAAUAAACUUGGAUUUGAACUGGA